CGUACAUCAAUAAAGAUCAAGCUCUGAAGCUCUUCUCUAAUCUUGGCAGGGUAUCAGAGCCACAAAUACUUUAAAUUUCUCAUUUCUCAAAUUUUUUUUUUUUAGAUUUUCAUUCUCUAUCAUGAAUAUUACCAGUUCGGCUACCGAACAUUCUGUUACAGAGAAGUCGAUGACCUCUCCUUAUUACUUGCACCCGUCUGACAACACAAGUCAGAUGCAACCUCCGAUCCUUCUCAAUGGCGAGAACUAUGAGCGAUGGUCGAAGCUGAUGUUGAAUUCGCUUCGUGCUAAAAGGAAGAUUGGUUUUCUAGAUGGUUCUAUUCCUCAACCAUCCAGGGAUUCUGUUGAUGCAGAAAAGUGGGACAUGGUAAAUUCCAUGAUAAUCGGCUGGAUUUACAGCAGUAUUGAACCUCGUUUGAGAUCAUCAGUGUCUCUUGUUCAAAAUGCCAAACUAAUGUGGGGUAGUCUUAAAAGACGUUUCUCGGUGAGCGAUGGUACUCGUGAUCAUCAGCUACGGUCGGAUCUUGUUGCUUGCAAGCAGGAAGGACAAACUGUGGAGCACUACUUUGGUCAUCUCAAAGUUCUUUGGGAUGAUUUAGCUGAUUUUGAUGCUGGUUUUGAAUGUUGUUGUCGCACCAGCACAUGCGCUGCUAUGAUAAAAUAUGAGCAGCACCGUGAGAAGAUUCGAGUUCAUCAAUUUCUCAUGGGACUUGACAGUACUCGUUUUGGUACCUCUCGUUCUAAUCUUCUCAGUCGUGUUGAUGAUCUUAAUCUGGAUAUGGUGUACUCUCAGAUCGUUCAGGAGGAACGACAUCUCAAUGCAACUCGCUCUAAAGAAGAACAGAGUCCACCAGUUGGCCUUUCAGCUGCGGUUUCCACACCUACGGCAGCAGCAGUUCGUGUCAACAACAAAAACAUGAAGUGCACUCAUUGUGGAAAAUCUGGACAUGAGGUGGCAAGCUGUUUUCAGCUUCACGGCUAUCCUGAUUGUUGGGUUGACAAUAACAAAGGAAAAGCUCGUGGUGGAGGCAGAGGACAUGGCUUCGACAACUCAAAUCGUGGUAGAGGACGAGGCUCAGGUUUUCGCGCCAAUACGAUGCAGGUAGCAGACACAUCAAACGUAACUUCACCAGGAGUACCAAACUUUACGCUGGAACAAUGACAAUCUUUAACUCAAUUCUUGGCUACCCAAAAGUCUGGUGCUUCCGCAAAAGAAUCUGAGGACCUAGCUUUGAGGUCUUUGAUUGGUGCGGGUGAGGAGAGUAAUGAGGUCUAUCACUACAAGGGGGCAGUUGACAUUCACGCUGGUAAUGUUGUUCAGUUGCAGAAGCGAGGUUUAUGGCAUCGCCGGUUAGGUCACCCGUCGUCUAAAGUGCUUUCGUUUUUAUCUGGUGUUUCUGGUGUUAAUGUUCAUUCACGUGAACAUGGUGUUUUAGAGUCAGUUUGUGAUGUUUGUUUAAGGGCAAAGCAAACACGUGAAACCUUUUCUACAAGUAUUAAUAAAGCAGAUGAGAUUUUUUACUUUGAUA